AUGGCUGGUGCUGGUGAGAAUUUAGGUCCUGAACCCUUUUCCUCCAUACCCCCAGAGCAGCAGGAGGAACUGAAGGCUGCACUACGGAAAGGAAACCUUGAGGCAGUAGCCUCGAAAACCCGAGAGGUUCUGGGCAAUCUAGACAAGGUGGGUCUCAACAUUGCCGUCACAGGGAUCGCAGGCUCUGGCAAGUCAUCCUUUGUCAAUGCCAUGCAUGGUCUGGACGAUGGAGAUAAGGACACAGCUUCCACAGGAGUGACAGAAACAACAUUUAAGCCUGCCUGUUUCCCACACUCUCAAAAUCCCAAUGUCAUUAUCUGGGACCUGCCGGGAAUUGGGACACCAACACUUCGAGCAGACACAUACCUCCAACAGAUGCAGUUCGAUCGCUAUGAUUUUUUCAUCAUCAUUUCCUGCACGCGCUUCACAGAGUACGACAUCAAACUGGCCCGUGAGAUCCAGGGACUGGGGAAGCGCUUCUACUUUGUGCGCGCCAAGGUGGAUCAGGAUUUGGACAACGAGCGGAGACUGUACGAUCAGUCGGGAUGUCUGAAGAAACCUUCUGCUUCACGCCCACCACAGUACGACGAGGCUGUGAUCCUGAAAAACAUCCGAGAUAACUGCAAUGGAAACCUGGAGACAGGAGGGAUGGAUUUCCAACAGGUUUUUCUUGUCUCAAACUGGUACAUUAAUGAGUAUGAUUUCCCCAGGCUGCAGGAGACUCUUCUGCACGAGCUGCCCAGUCACAAGCGAUUAACUUUUCUCCGCUCCCUGUCCAACCUCUCUAAAGAAACCUUGAAGGAGAAGAAGAACUAUUUGAUGGACCAGGUAUGGCUGAAGAGUUUAGCUUCCUUAGGAGCCAGUGUAGUUCCUGUGCCAGGCUUUGCCACUGAGCGCAGUGCAGUUCUCCUGGUGACAUCCCUGAAACUGUACUGCCAGGACUUUGGCCUGGAUAAAGAUUCCCUUGACGGGAUUGCUAGGCGCACAAACAAGCCCAUCGAAGAGCUGAGAGCUGUGAUAAAGUCCCCCCUGGCCCAUGAAAUCACAGAAGAUCUCGUCAUUAAGCUCCUGUCCGAGGCAGUAGGUGGGGCAGUGAAUUACGCUUUGGUUUUCAAGAAUAUCCUCCCCAUAGCGUGUCCCGUGAUAGGUUCUGCGGUAUCAGGCACCGUUUCUUACAAUACCACGUACACCUUGCUGGAGGGUUUCCUGAAUGAUGUUGCUGACGACGCCACACGUGUGCUGGAAAAGGCUUCAAAGUGAGAAGCCUGUAUAUCGGCAAAAGGCCAGUGCUGGCUCUGUG